AUGCAGAUCUUUGUGAAGACCCUGACGGGCAAGACCAUAACUCUUGAGAUCGAGCCCAGUGACACCAUCGAGAAAGGCAAGGCCAAGAUCCAAGACAUGGAAGGCAUCCCACCUGACCAGCAGAGGCUGAUAUUCACAGGUAAACAGCUGGAGAAUGGCCACAUCCUGUCCGACUACAACAUCCAGAAAGAGUCCACUUUGCACCUGGUGCUGCGCUUGUGCGGUGGCAUCAUUGAGCCAUCCCUUCGUCAACUUGCCCAGAAGUACAACGGUGACAAGAUGAUCUGCCUCAAGUGCUACACAGGCCUGCACCCCCAUGCAGUCAAUUGCCACAAGAAGUGA